CUUACCACCCUCUCUUCUUCCUCGAAUCAACCACCUCUCUCUCUCUCUCUCUCUCUCGCUCUCUCUCGCUCUGCCCUCCUUUCUCAUUCUCUGUAUUUCCUUUGACCCUUUCCGAUCUUUUUAUAUCCUCCCCCCUUAUUAUCACAGCCCCCACAAUCUGCUUGCACCAUCUGUUUAGAGGUAGCCUCUUCCAUUGGUCAUACCUCAUCGCUACCACUAAAUCCUUACCUAUCCCCUCUGUUGUUCCGCUAGUUUUUCAAGCCAUUUCUUGUGUUGGUAAUCUAGUUCUUGCCCGUAAAAAUCAGAUAUGAAGAAAGUGGUCGUGAAAUUGGAUUUGCAUGACGACAAAGCAAAGCAGAAGGCCAUGCGAGCCGUCUCUUCUCUUUCUGGGAUUGAUCAGAUAUCCAUGGACAUGAAGGAGAAGAAACUAACAGUGGUUGGAGACGUUGAUCCGGUAGACGUGGUGAGCAAACUGAGGAAGCUCUGGCACACAGAGAUAGUCACUGUUGGUCCUGCUAAGGAAGAGAAAAAGGAAGAAAAGAAAGAAGAGAAGAAGGAAGAGAAGAAAGAAGAGAAAAAGGAAGAAAAGAAAGAAGAGAAGAAGGAAGAGAAGAAAGAAGAGAAGAAAGAAGAGAAGAAGGAAGAGAAGAAAGAGGAGAAGAAGGAGGAUCCCAAGAAGAAGCAGGAAGAGCAGAUAGCAGAACUGGUGAAGGCCUACAAAGCCUACAAUCCUCAGAUGACCACUCACUACUAUGUGACUAGUGUGGAAGAGGAUCCCAAUCGCUGUGUAAUCUGCUGAGGACCAUCCAUUCAUUGGUAUAGCUUUUUUACAUUUUUUUGUGUUUUUUUGUUCUUUUUUGGGUCUUUUUCCCCAGGAGGAAUUGAGAAAAAAAUUGUUGGCGGCUUGGCGGUUGAUCCAUAAGCCAUACAUGAAUGGAAACCUGGGCUGUGUAUAAGGUGAUACGUGUGCCUGUAGGAUAUGAGGUUACAGCAUACUGAUAUCUAAGAAUUGAUGCCACCAAUAAUAACGCUGGCUCUCUUCUUUUUCAGUUUGGUACUUCGGGAUUAAUGAAGAGUUCCCAUUUCUGCUGGGAAAUUCAUUCA